UGGAGACAAGCGCGAUCCGGACAAAAAAAGCCUCCUCCGCUUCUUGUCGCCACCGCGGCCGCGCGCCCCCAAAAAGUCUCCAAAGCCAAGCCAAGCCGAGCGCCACCACCACGUCUCCCCCGCCCCUCUUCUCCUUUCACCUGCUCUCAGGCCUCCGCCUCUUUAUAUCUGCAAUUCUGCUUCGUCUGCCCUCUGAGAUCCUCUCCUCCUUUUUUUCCCCCUCUCUAUCUGCUGCUGCUGGUGGAUCAUCUCCUUGAGCUUGAGGCGCAGCCUUUUGCAGGUUCACUCGCGCGCGGUCGCGGCCCCACCGUUGUCACCUCAGCCUCUGACGCCGGUGUCAGGCGAGACGACGACGACGACGACAGCAAGAAACCUCAAAUGCGCCCGUGCUAAGCUAGAGUUGGCCAGGCGUAGAAUCGGAUCAAAGAUUGCAGCUUUGUGGUGGAGUAUAUCAAGGUCUGAGCCGCAGCGCUGGCGAGGCUGAUGGUCCAGGACGAAGGCUCCUCGUCGUCGGUGACAUCUUCCCCGCUGCAGAACUUCUCCAACAUGCCGCUCCACCCUGCCGCGGCCUCCCCGACGCCGCCAUGGAUGAUGCGGGAGCUGCGCUCCGACGAGCGGGGACUCUGCCUCAUUCAUCUCCUCCUCAACUGCGCCGCCGCCGCCGCGGCGGGGCGGCUUGAUGCUGCCAACGCCGCGCUCGAGCACAUCGCGUCGCUCGCGGCGCCCGACGGGGAUGCCAUGCAGCGCGUGGCGGCCGCCUUCGCGGAGGCGCUGGCGCGGCGCGCGCUCCGGGCGUGGCCCGGGCUGUGCCGGGCGCUGCUCCUGCCCCGCUCGUCGCCCACGCCGGCCGAGGUCGCCGCCGCGCGCCGGCACUUCCUCGACCUCUGCCCGUUCCUCCGCCUCGCCGGGGCCGCCGCCAACCAGUCCAUACUUGAGGCCAUGGAGUCCGAGAAGAUCGUUCAUGUCAUCGACCUCGGCGGCGCCGACGCCACGCAAUGGCUCGAGCUCCUCCACCUCCUCGCCGCGCGCCCCGAGGGCCCGCCACACCUGCGCCUGACGUCCGUCCACGAGCACAAGGACCUCCUCUCCCAGACAGCCAUGGCGCUCACGAAAGAAGCCGAGCGCCUCGACGUGCCGUUCCAGUUCAACCCGGUGGUGUCCCGCCUCGACGCCCUCGACGUGGAGUCCCUCCGCGUGAAGACCGGCGAGGCACUGGCCAUCUGCUCCAGCCUCCAGCUGCACUGCCUCCUGGCGUCCGACGACGACGCCACCGCGGGCGCGGCCACCGACAAGGACAGGCGAAGCCCGGAGUCCGGGCUCUCCCCGUCGACGUCCCGCGCGGACGCGUUCCUGGGCGCGCUGUGGGGGCUGUCGCCGAAGGUCAUGGUGGUGACGGAGCAGGAGGCGAGCCACAACGCGGCGGGGCUGACGGAGCGGUUCGUGGAGGCGCUCAACUACUACGCCGCGCUCUUCGACUGCCUCGAGGUGGGCGCGGCGCGCGGGUCGGUGGAGCGCGCCCGCGUCGAGCGGUGGCUGCUCGGGGAGGAGAUCAAGAACAUCGUGGCGUGCGACGGCGCCGAGCGGCGGGAGCGGCACGAGCGGCUGGAGCGGUGGGCGCGGCGGCUGGAGGGCGCCGGCUUCGGCCGCGUGCCGCUCAGCUACUACGCGCUGCUGCAGGCGCGGCGCGUGGCGCAGGGGCUCGGCUGCGACGGCUUCAAGGUCCGGGAGGAGAAAGGCAACUUCUUCCUCUGCUGGCAAGACCGCGCCCUCUUCUCCGUCUCCGCCUGGCGCGGCCGCCGCUUCGACUGACCACCGCUCGCCGCCGUUCCGCCUUCCCGUAUUUGUGCGAAGGAGACGCCGGGCCUACAUUUCGCUCGCUCACUGCUGCUGCUGCUGCUCAUGAACAUUCAUCGUUAAGCUAGUCUUUAAUCUUCUUUUCUCUUUUUUUAACUGUUUAGUUCCUUCUUCUUUUGUAUCAUCUGGCUUAGGUCCAGAUGAAUUCGAUGUCGCCGUGUUGUUCUGUUCAUAGUGUAAUCUCUCCAUUUUGGUUGAAAUGCAUAUUUUUUACCUAGGAAUCAAAUCAAGUUUAAGCGCGCAACUCCCU